AUGGCCGAAAGCGUCGAGCUCCGCGAUCUCGGACCACCGCUGACGCCUGCUGAUCCCUCCGAAGACGCUAAAACCGGGUUCAGCGACCGCCAGCUCCGCCUCGUGCUCCUCCGUUUGGGUAGUCUUUCCCGCGCCGAGUACUACGACACUUCCCUCGCUACAGCAGAUGUGUUCCAGCUGACUUCAGUCCGUUACAUGGUCGAUAAAGUCCGUGGCUUAAGCUCCGACCACGCCGUGGCCAUAUUAAGGGACGCGUUGGCCGACCACCUCGACGACGUCAAUUUCCCUCGGGACGAGUACCAGUUGCUCCAGCGGCUCCUCGAGGACAAAGACGACGACUAUACCCACUCAGAAAAACCGUAUCUUUCGGUUACGGACCGUGAUUUGCAGAUCAGACUCGAGGCGGCCCUCAUACGGUACCACCUGCCCUACCCUGAAGUAAGGGCAAUUACCGACCCUUACGACGACCCUACAAUGCCGGUGGACACGCUACGAGCGUUUGUCAUUGGUCUCGGGUGGACCGUCGUCGGAUCAGUGAUCAAUAACUUCUUUGUCCACCGCAUGCCGCUGAUCCGCCUCUCCGCCCACACCGUCCAGCUUUUGAUUAUGCCGACUGGUAAGCUCUGGCACAAGUACAUGCCUGACCGCAUCGUUUCCGUGGGUGGCCGUCGCGUUGAUUUGAACCCCGGCCCGUUCUCCUAUAAGGAGUUGAUGCUUGCCACCAUCAUGUACUCGUGCUCUGCGGGCACCCCCUACGCCGUGUACAACAUUGUCGUUCUCAAAUUGAAACAGUACUAUAACCUGGAGUGGGUCACGUGGCACUACCAGCUCGUGCUUGCCCUUUCCACUCAAUUCCUAGGGUUUGGCUUCGCCUUCCUCAUGAAGAAAGUGUGUGUCUACCCUGCCAAAGCCAUCUGGCCGACGAUCUUACCGACGAUCGCAUUGAAUAGAGCGCUCAUCGCCGGUGACGACGAUACCCUGGGGCCCAGAGUCGUCCACGGGUGGCGGAUGCUGCGGUACCACUUCUUCUUCGUCGUCGCCAUACUAUCGUUUGCCUACAACAUAUUACCUCAAUACUUGUUCACGACGCUUCUGAGCUUCAACUGGCCAACGUGGUUCAACCCUGAGAGCGUCCACUUGGCUAAUGUCACCGGUUUCCACACCGGUCUAGGCCUCAAUCCGUGGCCCACGUUCGACUGGAACGUCGCCGACUCUGCCAGUUGUUUGACCAUCCCGUUCUUCACCUACGUCAACCAGUACGUGGGACUGAUCACGGCGUUCGUGUGCAUUCUCGUCGUCUACUACACCAACAGCAAGUGGACCGGUUACAUCCCCAUCAACUCCAACGGGCUCUUCGACAACAAAGGGGGCCGCUACGACAUCACCCGCAUCUUGGACGACAAUCUGCGCUUCUCACCGGACAAGUACACCGCCUACAGUCCCCCCUACUACCUGGCGGCCAAUCUCGUCCUCUACGGCGCCUACUUCUGCCUCUACCCGUUUGCCAUCUUGUACAACUUCAUCAACGAGUGGCUGCUGGUGCGCCAGAGCUUUGUCCACAUUGGCCGCACGCUCAAGGGCCUGUUUCAGCGUAAAACUGAAGACGACCACGGCCUCCUGAACAUGCACGACCCCCACUGCGAUAUGAUGCUGCGGUACGCCGAGGUCCCCGACUGGUGGUUUGUCGCUAUCCUCGUGCUUUCCACAUGCUUAGCCAUCGCUGGGGUAGUGUUCUACCCUGUACAAACGCCGAUAUGGGGUAUAUUCUUCACCAUUGCCAUCAACUUCGUGUUCCUCAUUCCCUUGACCCUGAUUGCCUCCGUUACCGGGUUCUCGUUUGGCCUCAACGUGCUUGUGGAAUUGAUCGUUGGGUACGCCAUCCCCCACUCCGGUUUAGCCCUUAUCACGUUAAAGGCGUACGGGUACAAUAUCGAUUCCCAGGCACUGAACUAUAUCACCGACCAGAAGCUCGCCCACUACGCCAAAUUGCCCCCCAAGGCCAUCUUCUCAGGACAGAUAAUGCUGACUUUGGUGCUGGUAGUUAUUGCUCUUAUAAUUACCAAUUGGCAGAUCGCUCACGUCCCGGACUUGUGCACCCCUACGCAAAAGGAUAAGCUUUCGUGUCCCGGAGCCCUGACCUACUUCUACUCAUCCGUCCAGUUUGGCUCCAUUGGUCCUGCAAAAGUAUUUCUGGGCCUCUAUCCUGUACUUAAAUGGUGCUUCCUCUUAGGAGCAUUGCUUGUUCCUCCGUGUCUCUGGUUUAAGAGACGAGGACCGCCUACCCUCGCCCGCUACUUCAAUCCUACGGUCAUCCUCGGCGGGUUCCUUGUGUUCGCUCCCUAUAACUUGUCCUACUUCACCCUGGGGCUCUACUUGCUGUUUGUAUUCAUGUACUACAUCAAGACCCACUAUCUUUUGUGGUGGGAGAAGUACAACUAUAUCCUCACCAGUGCCCUCAGUGCUGGUGUCGCGUUUCUGGCGAUUCUCCUUUUCUUCACCUUCCAGUAUAACGGCUCGGAGCCGAAAUGGUGGGGCAACUGGGCCCAUCACCGAGGGGUUGAAGGUACUGGUGGUGUCGCCUGGCUCAACGCUACCGCCGCUCCCGACGGCUAUUUCGGUCUUCGCCACGGCCACUACCCUUAG